AUGGCGGUCCUUGGAGUGCAGCUGGUGGUGACGUUGCUCACCGCCACCCUGAUGCACCGGCUGGCGCCGCACUGCUCCUUCGCGCGCUGGCUGCUCUGCAAUGGCAGUCUCUUCAGAUACAAGCACCCUUCGGAGGAUGAGCUGCGGGCCCUUGCAGGGAAGCAGAAGCCCAGAGGCAGGAAGGAGCGGUGGGCCAACGGCGGUAGUGAGGAGAAGCCGUUAUCUGUGCCCCGAGACACCCCGUUCCAGCUGGAGACCUGUCCGCUCACAGCUGUCGAUGCGCUUGUCCUGCGCUUCUUCCUGGAGUACCAGUGGUUUGUGGACUUUGCCGUGUAUUCCGGGGGCGUGUACCUCUUCACGGAGGCCUACUACUAUGUGCUGGGCCCAGCCAAGGAGACCAACAUCGCGGUAUUCUGGUGUCUGCUCACCGUCGCUUUCUCUAUCAAGGUGUUCCUGACCGUGACCCGGCUGUACUUCAGUUCGGAGGAGGGAGGCGAGCGCUCUGUCUGCCUCGCCUUUGCCUUCCUCUUUCUGCUCCUGGCCAUGCUGGUGCAGGCGGUUCGGGAGGAGACGCUGGAGCUGGGCCUGGAGCCAGGCCUGGAUAGUAUGUCCCAGAACUUGGAGCCACUUCUGAAGAUGCAAGGCUGGGACUGGGCUCUUCCUCUGGUCAAGCUGGCCAUCCGCGUGGGGCUGGCGGUGGCAGGCUCCCUGCUGGGUGCCUUCCUCACCUUCCCAGGCCUGCGACUGGCCCAGACCCACCAUGAUGCCCUGACCAUGUCUGAAGACCGGCCCAUGCUGCAGUUCCUCCUGCACACCAGUUUCCUGUCCCCGCUGUUCGUGCUGUGGCUCUGGACCAAGCCCAUGGCGCGGGACUUCCUGCAUCAGGCUCCCUUGGGGCGCACGUCCUUCUCGCUGCUGUCUGACUCCGCCUUCGACUCGCUGCGCCUCUGGGUGCUGGUGGUACUGUGCCUGCUGCGGCUGGCGGUGACCCGGCCCCACCUGCAGGCCUAUCUGUGCCUGGCCAAGGCCCGCGUGGAGCAGCUGCGGCGGGAGGCCGGCCGCAUCGAGGCCCGGGAGAUCCAGCGGCGGGUGGUGCGGGUGUACUGCUACGUGACUGUUGUGAGCCUGCAGUACUUGACUCCGCUCAUCCUCACGCUCAACUGCACGCUGCUGCUGAAGACCCUGGGCGGCUACUCCUGGGGCCUGGGCCCGGUCCCCACGCUGUCCCCCGCCCCGUCUUCAGCCCACGAUGGCCUGGUCGGCCCCGAGGAGGAUGAGGCCCAGCAGACUGCAGCCCUGAUCGCUGGGGCCCUGGGCAGCCUGCUCACGCCGCUCUUCCUCCGCGGAGUCCUCGCCUUUCUCAUCUGGUGGAUCGCCGCCUGCCAACUGCUCUCCAGCCUCUUUGGUCUGUACUUCCACCAGCAUCUGGCGGGCUCCUAG